ACACAGUAUGAUUUUAGUGGGACCCAACAAAGAAGGAAAUUUGUGGGAAACAGCCGAUUCUUUCUCCAUCAAACCGCGAAAUCAAAAACCCCCCUCCCAAAUCGAUCGAUAUCGAUCGAUUUCAAACUACGAAUCGAACUCGCAAUUCGCAACCAAUCUUUCUUUCUUUCUUUCUUGCUUUGCAUUCAUGUUCUUCAUUCGAUUUCUAGCUUAAUUUUAACAAUUCUAAGCAAUGAAUAACUCUUUUUCUCUCUCACUCACUCACACUCAUCACACAAAACCCUACUUUCCUCUCCUCAAAUACAGGGCUUUAACAAGUUCGACUUUCUUUUUGUGGGGUUCGAUUCAAUUUCUUUGAAUUUCACUAGCCAAUGUUUGCUGAAGAUGGUAGUUGUUAGAUGGGUCAGCGUAGUUGUUGUUUACUUCUAGGAAUUAGAAAUUCUGGGUCGAAUCAAUGGGUGCCAUAACGAGCAAUCGAAGGCGCGGUGACAAAUACCACAACUCGAAUUUCAAAUUCCCAUCUUUGUAUUCGCCCAAUUUGGAUAAUCGAAUCGAUACCCACAUUUCGAAAAAACCCAAAACUUCAUUAUUUAUGCGUCUGAGUCCCGAACGAUCGUUUUCAUCAAGAAGUUCAGUUUCUAGAAUCUAUCAGUACCCCGAACCGGUGCAUCGGAUUCAAAGGGAAGUUCAUGCCCCUUGUAGAAAACCCAAAUUCGGGUUUUCGGCGAGUUCGAAUACAGAAUCGAGGCCGAGUAAGGAGGGUUUAAGUGAUUCAAUGGGGAAUGUUUUCAGUUUGAAAUAUGAUCAGGCGAAGAAUUGCGCUUGUAAGGCUUUGAGGUAUUUGAAGAAGGGUAAGGAAGUGAUUGAGGUCGAUGAAGAGACUGAUAAAGAUGGUGUUUCUGAGGAUUCAAGCAUUGAGGAGGUUGGAGUUGUUGACGAUGAAUGGCGUGAAGGGAGCUCAGUGGUUUUGGACCGGAGGUCACGGGAAGUUGUUCCCAAUUCUUUGGAAUUGGAAGGGAAGGUUGUGGAGGGAAAUUUUCGACCAUCUUCGUCAUCAGUGGUUUCUGAUUUGACAAAUGUGAAUUUGAAAGUGGACAAUGCGGGGAAGUUGUUGGACUCGCUUUCAUUGGAUCGGGAAUUUGAUGUUUUGGGCUAUUCAAUACACAAAAAGUUGUAUGAGACUGCAGAGAGGCGGAAUCCUAAGUUGAGCAGUUUGAGUUUUCAAAUUGAAUUAAAUGAGAAGCAUCGUGCUUCAUUUCAAUCGCUACAACGUUUCAAGAAACCAGAGGAGGAUGUAUUUCAAGAUGUGCUUCGUGAACCUUUUGUGCCUCUUACAAAGGAAGAAGAGGCUGAGGUUUCUUGGGCAUUCUCUAAUUCCAAUCGGAGGAAGGUCUUGGUUACACAUGAGAACUCUAAUAUUCAGAUCAGCGGAGAACUUUUGCAAUGUUUGAGACCGGGCGCAUGGUUGAAUGAUGAGGUUAUAAAUGUGUAUCUUGAAUUACUAAAAGAGAGGGAAAAGAGGGAGCCCAAAAAGUUUUUGAAGUGUCAUUUCUUCAACACAUUCUUUUAUAAGAAGUUAAUCGGUGGGAGGAAUGGCUAUGAUUUUAAAGCAGUUAGAAGGUGGACUACCCAAAGGAAAUUGGGAUACUGUCUUCUUGAGUGUGAUAAGAUAUUUGUUCCAAUCCACAAAGAAAUUCACUGGUGCUUAGCAGUUAUAAACAAGAAGGACAAGAAGUUCCAGUAUCUUGAUUCGCUCAGAGGAAUUGAUGCUCAAGUGCUGAAAGUACUGGCUAGGUACUUUAUGGAUGAGGUGAAGGACAAGAGUGGAGAAGACAUUGAUUUUAGCUCGUGGAAGCAAGAAUAUGUUGAGGAUCUUCCUAAACAGGAAAAUGGGUGGGAUUGUGGCCUGUUCAUGAUCAAGUAUGCUGACUUUUAUAGCAGGGGUCUGGGAUUCUGUUUCAACCAGGAACAUUUGCCAUAUUUUCGGCUGCGGACUGCCAAGGAGAUUUUAAGAUUGAAAGCUGAGUGAUGUUGAUAUGAACUUAUUUCUCUGAUGCAUAUUGUAUUUCCCUCAUGCCAUUCAUUGGACAUAGAAGAUUGACUGACUGAAGUUUGUGUGUGCUGUGUUUAUGGAGGAUACUUUUACUUCAAUCAAGGCUUCUGAGGUGAUGACCAUUUGGCAGUUAUCGUGGGCUGGGAAUCAAAGAUUAUCAAGGACAGGGCAAUUUGUUUAUACCACAUUAAGUUGUGCGAAACUUACCUUCUUGUAGGUCUGAUUUUGACACUAAGGUUUCCAUUCAUUUAAAUUUUUUUUUUCUUUUUCCAGUUUUGGCCCUGUAUGUGUGAUGACUGAUGUGGCCUCCUGUUCUAACUGUAUUGAAGUAGUUAGCAAUUGCAAUGAGAAGCAUUCGGUUUUGGUUCUCUUGAGAA